GAACGUCAGCUCACAGAGCUUAGCAAAGGCGCUUACGAGGCCCUUGUCCUUGACAAGGCUAUACUUCCUAUAGUCUGAUCUUUUAACUUUGGUUAUGGGAGCGCUUUACUGAGGAGAGGAUAGCGAGGCUAAGGAAUGAAGACUAUCGAGACUUUGAUCGCCGCUCGUAUUUGCCUCAGCAGUGGAGUCGCUAUCAGCAUGUAAAUAUUCUCUCUGGGGUUGUUUCUCAGUAAAGACUUUCCUGUCUUGCGGAUUUGUAUAAAAGGCCGACAGAGCAGCAUAUGUUUAGAGAUUCACAGCAGUAUUUUCUUCUUCAUAAUACCAGCACUCCCCAACCUUCCAACGAACGUACAAUGAGGUUCUUCGUCCUGGCCGCAGGUCUUGCUAUCCCAGCUCUUGCUAUGCCAGAGCCAGUGUCUGGAGGCCUCUCUUUAGGGGCUAGAGAUACUGUCAAGUUGAACCAGUACCGUUCUAUGGAUGAUUGCAACAAUGAUCGAAACAUCCUAUACCACGCGGCUCCAGUCUCAGGAAGAUGCUACGACAUCGACGGCCAAACAGGUGCUUUCUUCAUCAACACUGGAGGUUUUCAGGGCAGCAAACUUUACACUGGUUCUGGCUGCAAUGGAAACACUCUGGGUGUUUCCGGUGGAUCGUGCAUUGCCAGAGCCCAGUGGAACUCUUUCAGAUUGUCUUAGAAUCUGUGUUCCGUUGCUGCGGCAAUAAGUUAGCACUAUUCGUGUAGAGUACUCAGUUGAUAUAGUGAUGUAGCAGGAUAGAUGAGGCUAUUCGAGGAUCACGGGUAUGGGAAAAGUUGCUAGGCAAGGCAGAUAGAUCAAUUAGGGCUGCGGAGAGAGAUCGAGGCAUCAUUUACCUACCUCCAGAGGCUUAUCGACAGAGGCAAAUAUCUAUUUAUCCUACCUAUCCA